UUUCUUGCAGCGGGUGCCUUUUCUCAGGCGCAAACCUGUCAACCGAACCAACCAUCAUUCAAUGUAACGCUGAGAGCCGGCAGCGCGUCGGGUAAUUUCUGGAAACUGGGUCUAGUCAAAGACGUCAAUCGUUGUGGUCAACUGUGCUGCAAACAUCACAAGUGCGACCUUGCCUUUUCAGUGGAUAACGUUUGUUAUAACGUCCAGUGUUACAACAAGAAAAUGUGUCGGUUGAAAAAGAAGAAUUUUUCACGACAUCAAGUUGCUGUGACUAUGGUAACAAGAAUAAACAAAGAACAUCAACGUAGAACUAAAGAUCGCCAUGUGAAUAAAGCAGUUAAUGCACAUCAAACUGUCUUUGAUAAGGGGAUUGAUAACUUAUUAGCAGCUGGCGAAAGGAAAGAUGUUUUUAAUAAAACCCAGGAUGAGAAUAGAGGCUCGAAAGAGUUUGAUAACAUUUUUGAAAGCCAUUCUUUUACUUCGUUAGAAAGCAAGGAUACAGGUGUUGGGUUUGAAUUGCAAAAUUCCUUUCCAACCAAAGCUGUUGUUCGUUUAGAAUCAAAACUCUCGCAAGAUGGCAGUGAGGAUGCAGAAUCGGCUAGUUCUGGGUCUUGUCGUGCAAGAAAAAUUCUUCGCAAAGUUACUUUACGCUCUGGACUCCAAUCUGGCGAUUUUUCUGAUUACGGUCAAGUGUCUGACAUGGACGCAUGCGUGAGACAUUGCUGUGUUCAAAAAACGUGCGACGUGUCUCUGUUGUUGAAAAAUCAUUGUUACACGUUACACUGCUAUAAACCAGAACUAUGUGAAACCAUACCCGCGCACGGUUCGAAAUUAGACCCACAACUUGCAUUCGUUGUUCGUUCUGUUACAGAUGACCAAUCAAAUACGCGGGUUAAGAAGAAAACCUCGUCUUCAGACAGAGGCGUAUGUCCCCAUGGCGCCAUUUUCAAUGACGUUAGUCUCAAAGGAGGCAAAAAGGCGGGAAAAUUUCAAAUCAUGGCGCGUACUAAUGACAUGCGCACUUGUAUUCAGAAGUGCUGCGCAAGCCCCAGCUGUCAGGUGGCCUGGUUACUUGGAGAUUACUGUUACUCAGUGGCUUGUUACGACAAAUGUAUUACCGUCAAAAAGGGCNCAAAUACGGGAGUUAAGAAGAAAACCUCGUCUUCAGACAGAGGUGUAUGUCCUCAUGGCGCCAUUUUCAAUGACGUUAGUCUCAAAGGAGGCAAAAAGGCGGGAAAAUUUCAAAUCAUGACGCGUACUAAUGACAUGCGCACUUGUAUUCAGAAGUGCUGCGCAAGCCCCAGCUGUCAGGUGGCCUGGUUACUUGGAGAUUACUGUUACUCAGUGGCUUGUUACGACAAAUGUAUUACCGUCAAAAAGGGCUCCAGUGUUAUUAGGUCCCAGCUCACACUCCUAACAAGAAAACCACAACAGACUGAAAACGACAGUAAGUUGACGUCAUUAGUAUUUGCCAGUAAAUACAAAGUAAUCAGUACGGGCCAAAUUUGGGAUUAUUAAAAAAGGGCGUAUGCAGAAAACGGGUGUUCGCUUCGAUCAGAAUAGAUAUGAUUUUUUUCCAAACGAUUUUUUCCUUUCGGAACAAGGCCAUUGUGAUUGUGAGCUUCUUAAUUUUUGCAGCUGGGAGAAGUUCCCAAGCGCACUUUAUCAGCAGCUAAGUUUCGUUAACUAUUACAGGAUGCCGAGUCAAGUCUCUGGUGAUUUACAACUCUCUUGUCAUCUAAAUCAUUUUUAAGAAGGUGCAACUUGUGAGACUUGAACUAACGCAAGUGAAAGACUACACUAAGACAGUGAACCCGGAUUCAACGUUUCCACUCAGGUUUGCAUGCAUACUGUACGUCUUUUAAAGCUUUUUUCAUUCACACUUUUUUCAGAAAGACAAGACAUACCAGGAGCGAAAGGAAAUACAGGUUAGUGAAACUUGUUAAAAAGUAACUGUUGCAGUUGUCUUCUAAGUUGUCUUCUAAGUUAGCUUAGUUGGAAAAGCGCGGGUUAGCUGCAGAGCGGGAGGCGGUGGGUUCAAUCCCUGGCCGAACCAACACUCAGGGUCUUUAAAUAAUUAAGAAGAAAGUGCUGUCUUUGUAGUAAUGACAUCUGCAAACGAUUAGACUUUCUGUUCUUCUGGGAUAAGCAGGAAAAACCGUAGGUCCCGUCUCACAGCACUUUCACUUAUCUGGUUCUUGUGGGACGCAAAAGAUCCCACGCCAAUGUUCGAAAAGAGUAGAGGACGUAGAUCCCGGUGGUGUGGUCAACCUCUCCUGGGCUGGGUGGAUUAUCUGUAAGGAGAGAUCUCAAUAUGGAGACAGCCGUAACUCAUGAUCCUCCUUCAGCUGUUGUAAUGGCUACCUGUAAACAGUGUAUUUAUGUAUUUGUUUUUUUUUUCUCGACAGACAAAGUGUUUAGAGUAUUUUUAACUCUCACUGACCAAGUGUUUACAGAUCGACUCAAGGAUAUUGAAUCCCUUGAAUUUCUUAAUCUUGCGGAGAAGCUUCAAGUUGCGGUAAGAGAUAUUUGUAGUAACAGGCACAACCUUAGGUAUAACAAGGAGCCCUGUGGUUAAAGCUGAUCAAAAUGAUCAGGUGUGAACACAACAAGAAAACAGAGUAACCGCGCCGUUAGUCUCGUAGCUCCGAUAUCCUGAUCACGUGACCUACCCAAUACAAAUCUGAUCUCUGUUUUCUUCCAUCAGGUUUCGUCUGUAUUUGUCAAUGAACCAUCUUUUAAGACAGAUGAAGUUGUUUCUUUCCAGUGAGUUAUUUUCAGUAUUUUUGUAUUUACUAUUUAUUUGAAUUUACUGUUGUCUGUUUCCUCAUCAAUUAUUCAAGAGUUAAGCGCUAGAAAAUACAACUGAACACAGAUCGUAUUUUAAGCGCAAACAAACGAAGGAUAUUUGAAAAAGCUUAGCGUAUCAUUUUCACUGUACUGUUGAAAGUUCAAUUAUACCAAUAAAACGUAAAAUUCCUUACCGUUUAUCAAAAACGUUAUGGGUUUGAAACUGAAUUGCCCGGCCAACAUUUGCUUAAGCACGCGAAUUAUCCAUUAUUUUUAAUAAAUGCUAAAUGAAAACCCUCUAAAAAAGAAAACACCUCAGCCGUUUGACCGGGGGCCGUGAUUUGUUUUGGCUUCAUUUUUACAUGAUCAAUUGAAAUGUUGGCGAGAGGUAUUUUUUUUAGCUGAUCACACACAGCAACGACACUUAAGCGAAAGUAAUUCUUUGAUCGUUUUCCUGCUUACCAGGCCAUCUCCAGUGGUCGCUCAGCUGACAGUAGCCAUAACAGCACAAACCUCAGUGACCAAGGUACUCAAGCCUCUGCUAGAUGCUGUCAUAACCGGUCACCUGAAUUCCUCCAUCGACGGAAGCCCCAUUAGUUUUAAAGUGAGCAAUACUGGCUUUCGCUUUCUUACGUCCAACGGUAAGUAUUUUAACUCACCACGAUUGAUCGCUCACCAAGAAAGUUCUUUAUCCUGAAAAUAACUAGCUUCAGGUCUGCCUUUAGCCUUGAACGUAACUUGUCAAUCAUUUUCCGAUCCAAACUGCUGUUAACCGGCAACGAGAUUUACCCGUGGUGCAGCGUAACCACGGGCAGGAUAGCUAAAAGCGCUGGCUCGUAGAGCGAGACAUCGCAGGCUAUAUUUCCCCGCCGCGCAAAUACUCAGGGUCGUAAAAGGGGCACGGAAAAGCAGUGUUUCCAAUUGGUUCUUCCCGCUAAAAACAUUGACAAAUUAUAACCUUUGGGGGUAAAAAGCAUGGCAACAGUUUUCAAUAGGUGUUUAAGAUUUAUAUUCUCUCAAGCGACUUACAAGAUAUUGUUCGAUAAAUGUUUUUUGCUGAUCACCUUUCUUUAAAGGGGUAAACCUCGUGUGUGGUGCAGAACACGAUUAUGACGUAGGCUGGAAACUUAUGAUGUUCAACUCGACUGAUACCGUAAUAUGUCCUCGUAACGCGCAAGGUAUUGUACCUACAUGAAUCUAAUGGAUAUAUAUCGUAAAACGAGGUCUACGUAACAUUCGUAACGUACUACAUUCCGCCACUUUGGAAAUGAAAAGGGAAUGGAAGCCCAAAUGCCGGCUACAAUUGUUUCUGGGAUAAUUACUGGGGAUGCGCUGGUCAGCUAUUGGCCAAUUUUUUGCACUGCCCCUAGUAAAAGUCCCAGGUCCCGAGUCCCAUUUGCAAAAACGUACUCGGCUACCUCCCUUCUCGUUUGUAAAGUUAUGAAUUACAGAUAUAGAAACGCAGAACACCACGUGGAUAAAGUAAUAAGCUUCGAAGCGCGGGAACUCGUUUAGGUUAUACUUUCAUCGUGCCUACCACAAGUAAACGUUAACUUCGAGUAAAAAUUUCUUGUUCAUGUUGCAGGAAAAACGAGUAGGUUUUGCGCUGGGAGUGAAACCUUGAAUGCUACUUGGCAGGCGCCAGAUUUUAGUGAAUGCGUCUCUCCCGCAUAUAAAACGCUACAUCAAGAGGUAGGCCAUAGAAUGUUUAACAACUUGGGGGUAGCUGUUAGAAAAAAUAGUACAAUCAAGGGGUUGUUGGUGGUGGUAGCCUGUUUAAGGCGUUCAGAGAUUGUGGGGACGGCGCAAAGAAGUGUGAGCAGGAAAAACAGCGAGGGGGUGGGGUGAGAGCGUAGAAACUCUUUCUCUCCCUCUCCCUCCCCUCUCCCUCUCUUCGUCUUCCCGCUCUCUGAAUUCGCGCCACUCACCACUAGCUGAAAGCCUGGAACAAGCUAUGGUGUUAAUAGCGGGAACAAUGAAUGCUGCUGCAAGCAAGAAACAAACCUUUAGUGGUCUUUAGUGAUACACAUUGUGCAUUAUUUAAGCAAUAGAAAACGUUUUCGGUGUUUCCAUAGCCUGAUAAAAACGCGAGAUGGGUUGGGAGAAUUCGAGACAGUUAUGCAAACCCGAGACGAAGUCGAGGGUUUGCAUAACUGUCGAGAAUUCUCCCAACCUCUCGAGUGUUUAUAUCAGGGUAUGCAAACACCGGAAAAAAGUUUUCUAUUGCUUUUAUAAAACAACUUUCCUGAGAAAAAACACAAAACUCUUUGUUAUGGCACUGAUCAAAAGGGAAAUUCUUACCAGUUGCAAAGUCUUGUACUGAUGAUAAACCAUUGUUUGAAAUGCCCAGGCAAUUAAUGGCCCCUUUCUGCGGCAUACACGAAGUCUUGCACGCGUAAUCAGUUCUUGUUUUGCAAAAGGAUGCUUUGCCAAAUACGGAUUUUUCUCGCUUAAACAUGUCACCUUAAGCGAAAAAAAGUUGACACAGCUUGUUUGUAAAGAUUUUCCAAGUUUCAGCCGCCGAAGGAAUGAGUAAAUAAAGCAAACUUGUCGAGUUUUGAUCACUAAAACUUUUUCAAAUUCGUCCUUGGCUGAUUAGCAGGCGAAAAGCAAAACAUCUUACGUCACAACCAUGUUUACAUACUCUAAUGCGAACACUCCUCUCAGCCAAUCAGAGCGCGCGUACUAUUUUAAGUAUUUUAUAAUAUUCAUCGGCCUAUGAAUUUAUUUGAAGAUAAUUAAUUCCAUCUCAUACUAACGAGAUUCCGUCUUAGAGGAAGGCCUAACCGGUGCGCACUAUACUACUAUACUAAUCAAGCAACAGUUGUGAUAUUAGCCUGAUAUGAUCUGAGUAUUUCUGUUCUGUUUUCUUUUCUUUUUUCAGACCAAAGAUCUCGCUGACAGAGCGGAGAAAAAGCUGCCAUUUGCCCCAGUAAGCUCAGGUCAGAUCAUCUCCCGCCUUGAGAAACUGGUUUUCACAGACACCUUUAGAGAAGAGCUUUACAAGAGCUCCCUCGCGGAUCAGAGGAAGAAUAUGGCAGCUGAGAAAAGAAAAAAUGGGAAGAAGGGCUCAAAACUCCCCGACAAACCAACCUUUCUCAAAAAUACUAUCAACGGAGACAAAAAAGAAGAUCCGAAUUCUGUUCCAGUUACGGAAAUUCCAAGAGCUCCUCCUGAAAUUUUACCAACGACGCCGGCGCAUAAGACUAAAGACCCCAAUCCAGUGUGGUUUUCCGCGGCAAAAACAAAGUUAUUCGCCUCAAAUUCUAAGAGUAGCUUAGGCAGUAGAACUUUAAACCUUCCCACUCCUAAUCGUCUCUUUGAAACAACUCCGCCAGUAAGGACUCCAUCCACCACUGUUUCAGUUCUUCCUGUGCAAAACAGUGGUAAUGUGAACAGGAUACCCACUCAAGCUUCUCUUUCGCAGCAAGCUAGAGUUUUGGGCCCCACUGAAAACAUGAAUUCUUUUUCGAGGUCGCAAAUAAAGAGUAUUGCUCAGUCAAAUGCAGCGAUUGAAAGUCAAAGGAAAAAUCCAGGAGUUUUAAAUCAAGCGCAGUAUAAAAGCUUAUCUCCGAUGCGUAACACUUUUCAGAAAGCUCAAUUUUAUCAAUCGCAAAACCCACGACUUGUCCCUGGCUACGGGAGAUCACCAAAUCCUUAUGAAUUGCGAGGUUAUCAAAAUUGGCAAGGUAACCGAGCAGCAUAUCAGAGAAGCUGGGGACAAGUUUAUUCCCCGCCAAGUUAUUCUAGUGAGCAACUCGACAUUGGAAGACGAAAGAGAGACGUUGACGAUAGCAGUAAAAGGCAACGACGUCAAAACACUGUAUGGUAUAACACUCGGCAGUAUCCUUCACAAUACAACUACCCGGCAAUGCCAGGGGUGAUACCAAGAACAAACUAUAUACAGUCAACAAACUAUUAUCCACAGAUCAACUACCAAAACGCACCAAACCAAGCCGCUACAAAUACAUAUCAAACUGGAUAUCAAAGGUCUCCAUACGGGAAAUCUCUCGGGAUGAGACUUUCACCCGCCGCUCAACGACGGCCUCAAACAACCGUUGUUGCACCAGGUUCGAGGAGUGAUACUCAGGCGAAAGCGUCAUACGGGACACAGCCUGGGAUUCUCUCGGGAGGUCAUCCCGCGCCCGUUGAGCGUUGGCCUACACUCGGAAAUAUAGUUCAAAAACCAACGCAGCCUUUGCGUCCUCAAAAAGGAGGAAAAUCCGUUUCUCCUUCUGUCAAAUCCAAUAUUGCAGUGAACACAAACCAAAAGCCAAAUCAAAAUGUGCAAAUCGACCAGACAGAGAAAAGCAGUAAAGUUGUGAGCCCUACCAAUUCAAAAACGUCCUUUGCUCACAAGAAGCAAAAAGUUAGUAGCUCAAAAAACACAGGGCCUCGAAAGGAUCUCUCGAAAAAGCUCCACGAUCUCUCAAACCCUAAUCCGCGUACAAAGACACAAGCUAGCGCUCACAAGCGUCAAAACAUAACCGUUUCUCCACUUUACAGCGACGAAAAGCACGUGGUGCCCAUGUUUGCUGGGGAUAUUUUACUUUCGGCAGGAGUGCUGCAAUUACUACAAAAAUUUGCGCGCUUGUCGGGCUCAAAGGUCACUGAAACAGAGCUAAAGGUAAGAACUUCUUCGACUUAUUGUGACAACAGAAGCAGAAUUUAAUAGACGUAAAUUAAGAAAAUGAAACAAGAAAAAAGAUGUCAGAAAAGAUAUUAAUCGUAGUGGAUAAUGUGUAUUUAGGGUUUACUUUAUCGUUUGUCUCACAAUUGUCACUUUGAUAUUGAUCGCGACGUUUCGACAGCAUACUGCAGGUGUGCGGUCGAAAGGCUUCAUCAGGCGAUAGUGUCUAUAUACUGAGUCGGACUAUUUGUUCCACCUUGGUUGUUAGUAAUUGGUGUACCCCCGAACCUGUCUCAUGGUUGGUGGGUUUCAAUCCAAAUGUGGAUACCCUAUUUAACUCUACGAGAGUACCAGUGAGGGUCCCGGUCAAAAAAAUUAACGUCGUCCCAGAGCGGAUGAUGCCCGGUUUUCAACUAACGAUCAAGUAAAGAUUCAACUUACAUACGUAUCGAUCACAAAUUAGGGCAGGGAAUUUCUAAGAAUGUCAGUUGCUUUUAGUAGCUUGCGUAACUGGCGCUUUCAUGGCACCGCGGUAGAGGAUUCGCCUCUAACUCUUUCAUGACACUGCAAAAAACCAGCAAGUUAUUUAUUCAAAAUUACGGAAGAGAAAAGUAAACUUUUUAGUCCAUUUUGAAAUAAAAAUAGUCGAUUUUUCCGAUCAAUUUAGGUUUCUGGGUAACUGCCCACCUACCCCUCCCCUAAGUCAACAUUAACACCUCUUCCUCACUACUGACUCCGCGGUAUGGCCAUUAACUUACGCAUGCGCACAACCAUAUCACCCCGGCAGUGGCAGCCAUGGACACACUUUUCUUGAAAUCGAUACCAAUUUGGGAUCAGAGCUCAUUUGAUGUGGGUGCACACGGGACAAACCUGGUCUCAUACUCUCCUGAACAGGGAUUAGGAUGUAGAUAAAGGGUCAUAUGCUUAUUUAGAAAUUGCCGUCUGUUAACUUUUUUUUAUUUCAUUCUCCUUAUACAACAGACCUUUGUCAAUGCCAGUAGCCAUCUCUUGGAUCUCAAAAACAGACAAGAGUGGAUUAAUGCACAAAAGGUAAUCAAACUGAACAAUUAGACUCUCCAGUUAGAAAUAUAUUUAAAAUGAAUGUUCGAAAUCAAAAUUCAAGCUAAGGAAAAAAUCCCACAUUUCUAUCAACAUAAUACAAAGUAAAAGUUAACUUUCACCAGUGCUGCGAAAGAGGCUUAAUUCGAGCGAUUGCGUUCACACAUUCAAAACUAGAGUUAGAACUUCAUUACACAUCUUCCUUGCUGACUCGAAGAAUGAGAAUCGAUAAUAUAUUUGCGGGAGACAAGAGGAACCCGCAAUCCUAAUCUCCAGGGCCCGGUUAUUCGAAGGUUGAUUAGCGCUUAACCUGGGGUUAAAUUUAACCCGGGUUUCUUUUUCUUGUGUUCAAAAGCAUUUUCUCGGAUCAUUUCUCCGUUAUUUUUAGAGCUUCCAAUCAUCAACUUGUAGACCAAAAGAAUUAAGACUGAAAUGCUUUUUAAGCUUUCAAAUGUGAAUUCAAAUCUCUCACUAACCCUGGGUUAUCUUAACCCAGCUUUGAACAACUCGGCCCAGGUUGUUACUACGCAUGCGUUGCAUGUACGUAGCCAGCAUUCGUUUGAACUACCACUAAGAAUGAAUGGAAUGCAUAGAAAGCAUUUAAUCACGCGCGUUUUGACUAUCUGCCAUGUAGAACUUACGCAAAGCGUAGCAAUAGAGCAAAAGCGUUUUGACCUUCGAUCGUUGUCACCCUCCCUCCCUAACUUUUGGUUAUUACUAGUUUAAGUAGCAUUUUAACCCUUUCCUAACUUUUUUUCGCCUGUGCAGCACGCAGAGGCUCUUUACAAGAAGGGCAUCAAUGUCCUGGAAGACAGCAACAAUUGGGACUGGGACGAGUCUCAACAACUAGCGGUAAGCCGAAAGGACACACAUUUUGCUGUGCUAAUCAAAAUUGUAAUUACUGAAUUUAGACGGCCAUUCUUGUAACCAGAGCUGCGAGCCUAUUCGCUAAGGAUAGCUCUGGCCAUGGCCGAAGUAGGACGUCCGCAAAACACGGACUCAUGGCAUUCUGCGCAGCCUCAGAAAUUUUAAACAAUGACGGUUACCAUCGGUUUUAAAAGAGGAGGGAAACUACUGGGCUUGCGCAUUAUCUUGACUCCAGCCACAGCACUCGAUUCGUUAGACUGACUUCAAGGAUCACAGCUAGGGGACAAGACUGUUAGACUCCCUAUUAGAGACUUUAAUGGUAAUAUUUACGAAAGUACUUAAUCAUAUCUGGAAAUGACUUUACGCUACCGUGAUACCAUCUUUUUUAUUCCUUUGGAAAGAGCUAUAAAACGGGUUAAACAACCUUAAAAUAGCACAUGAGCUUAUCUUAAUCAGAUUCCUCGGCAUGUUAUACAUGAGAUAAAGUCAAAAGGCCAUGACGUCAUGGGCUUUGAUUAUUCCACUUCACACUAAUGAGAUUCCACUUCAAAAAAGAGAUUUAUUUGUUCCCUACUAUACUACUAAGAAGAAAGUAGCCUAGUAAGUGAAACUGCGCCUUUUAAAAGUAAUAAGGCUUGUCAGAGAUAAAAUUCGUGGAAUGCUCCUGACGUUUGGAAUUGGCAUCUCUUUAAAACCAUUUGAUUUUUUUUUGAAGUCCUUUUCAGGACUGUAGGAGCGAUAUCAAACGCUGUUUUUCUCAUGCUUGAUAAAUUGCAAAUACGCUGGCUUAUUAAUAGCGUUAAUGACAGUUUUCUUCCUUAUACAGUCUCCAGAAGACUCUUCUAUAGGACCAGUUGUGUUGGAUCUCGUAGGAACGGUACAGGCAUAUGUAAUGAAAGCGACAAAUAGUAUGUCACUUAACAAGCCUCUUGUGACAAAAAACAUCCGUAAGUAUGGACAAAAUUUGAAGUGAAAAAUAUCUCAAGAAAAAAAAUUAUGAAGCUUUUUUGACGAGGAAAUAAUUUAUAAAAACUUUUCUGCAAGAAAAGUUGAAAAAGGCGGUAGAACAGGGACGGAUGUUGUGUAGCAUGGCUCCCAGUUCCUUGUCUUCCUCCUUUUAAACUCGCACCAAUAAAAUACCCCUUAAUUUCCAUAUUAAAUUUAGAAAUACACAACUUUACUCAAAAAUUCAACCUUAGUUGGACAGACUACCAAAACUUUACAUCACAAAGGCACGUGACAAGGCGGUCAUGUUGCUGGUCAUUUAAUACAAUAGAAUAUUUUUUCUCGAAGAAUCUCAAUGAAAAUGGAGUUAAGUUCCCUGAGCCUGAGAGAAAUGCUUUUGGUCUUGACCACCAACGCGGCCGACGUGACCAGGAAUUGUUAAUAAAAGAGCUCGCGCAAUACUUUUGCGCUUGUGCAGUAAAUGCGAUUCGAACGCUUUCAAGGUUCAUUACAACAAUGACUCAUAAUUCCCUUAACCCCGCAUGUACGUUAACAAUAUGAUCUUCUAAACCUUUUUUGUAGUCCUUGGAGUCCAUACGUUUGGCCCAGACAACUCGAACCCUACGAGACCAAUGUCAUUUCCGAACUACUCCGACCCGCUUGUGGCAAAUUGGAGCAGUGGGCGGGAUUCUAUUACUCUGACACCAACUAUAUUCGACUCGGCUAUGCUAGGUACGUAUGGGCCAUUCGAGGUCAAAACAAACUGCACUGUGGGACUGUAUUGGGAGACGAAUUUUGACUCACUUUGCCGUGCAACCUUUGAGGUUGUGUGAGAGACCAGGUGGAGAUGGUUGUCAAAGUACAUUGUGGGACUGUUUUGGGGGACCCAUUUUCAGCAUGGCGGCAAAUUCGUCCCACAAAACAGUCCCAGAAUGCACUUUGACAGCCAUCUUAACCCGGUCUCUCGCAAAACCUCAAAGUGGCGAAUAGGCAAUGCAAAAAGCUACAGCGUUUCCUAAACUGUCUUAUUAAUAGUGCUAUUUCAAACAACACCAAUCCAUGCAAGGAACUCUGAAUGGAUAAUGAAGUGUUCUCAUUUUAAGUCCUAGUGAUCAAAUCUGACUGUGUUUCAGUGGAGCGCGAAAUAGAUAUAGAUUUGAUCCCGAAUAAGAUUAAAACGACUAACCUUAUAGAAACCUUAUAUUUUUUGCUUCAUUCGUUUCGUUCCUGUUUUUCUUCGGCAGUAACAGCUACGCUCUUUCAGCUUGUAUGCUUGGUAUAGCUUAGUUGAUUUCGACGAUAUGCCUGUAAAAUUGAACAAGAAAAAAUAUCGAGAACAAGACACUUACAUUUCGUUUGAUCACUAAAAGUACAUAUUUUUUUCGAUAGGAAACAGUGCUAAUGUUCGUUUAUUGACGUCGCGCUUCAAGACCGUUUCUCAGCUGCUUCCCGGCGAAAACGACAGGUAACAAAACUGCUAACAUAUAAUUAAAAUUCAAUCAGUCUUAAUGCAUCAUCAGACAUAAGAAAAGCCGGUGGGGAUAUAUAACGGAGGGAGAGUCGUAAAUACCAAAUCCACGGAUGUGAACUAAUCAGAACUCAACACAUACAUGUAGGUGUCGCUAAACGUGAUGGUGACGUGGUGCAGGAAGUGACAGCGAGUCACAAUUGAGCGAGGAUUAUUGCCAAUGGGAGAGGGCUUUGAGACAAACUUUUUAUGAGACUGGGAUCCAGAGAACAUUUUGGGUAGAAAAAUGGAGAUUGUAACCUCGACCUUAAGAAACCUCACGAUAAGUUCGGAUUUCACUCUGAUGAAAUCGAGAAAGAUCCACAUUAUGUGGAACAGGUCACAAAGGGUAGAACUGUAAAACAAUCACCGCUUGUGUGAUUGAAAAGAAUAAUGCUCUAGAGAAGGUUUUUAUUUCUCCCUACUUUACACUUUUGUCUUGUUUCCUUAGCGGUUUGGUAUUAAACAGUGAGAUUUUGUCGAGUACAGCUCAACCAGACUUGGCGGAUAAUCUCGAUCCCCCUGUAAAGAUUGUCCUGUCAGUUUUAAACGUAAGUACAGUAAUAUACAAACUAAAACAAAGUUUUCGAAUUUAACUUAUUUCGAACCUGGACGUUUAGCACCAAUUUAUCAUCUCUUUAAUUCUUAAUCGCAAACACCAGAGCACAUGAUGAUGUGUUUUAAGUUAACUAGAGUGGCAUGUUGAUUUGAGGUAUGAGAUGUGGGUAGGAAGAAUUUAUCUAAUUUAAAUACCAGUGGAAACGAGAAGAGGUAACAAAAUUUUCUCCCCUUUCAGUCCAGUUUAGUCAGGUUUGAACAGCAGUGCGUGGCAUGGAAUUCAAAAGGAAGGUUAGUAAAGGUGACAGCGGAGGGUUCUCACUCUUCAAUCCCGUAAUCCAGACCCAAAAUUUCGUGCAAUCCCGUUAUCCUGAUGGUUAUUUUUCUUUCAAUCCCAAAUAUCACCCCGAUUUUGUUUUGAAAUCCCGAAAUCCGAGCUUCAAUGAUGGAAAUUCCCGGAUCCCGAAAAACCUACUGUGGACCUACGUGGCACUGGUUUGAUAGGGGAAAGGAACGAGAAAACGUGCGAAAAAGGAUGAAAUGGAAAGGUUCCCUUCAUUUUCCUCCUUCGCGCGCUCUCCCUCCUUCCUCCCUCCCUCGCGCUCCUCAAUCCCUUGCACGCCCUUCUUCCCGUCUCCCUAAAGCCCCCUCCCUUCCUCUUUCAAGCGCACUCACUCCCUCCCUCGAGUCCCAUUCUUCUUUCGCCCCUACUCCCUCAAUUCCCCUUCCCCCCUUACGACACCUGUUACACAGCGUUAAAGAACAGUGAAAAAUGAAUCUUUUAUCUGAAUCGAACUCCCGAUAAAAAUGUCGCGGUCAUGACCCUGCAACUGAUGAUACCACUUUAAUAAUCUUUCUCAACUUUGCAGCCAGGGAGGAGAGGGCGGAAAGUGGUCGCCGGAGGGAUGCAAACUAACAGCUUCGAACGCCACUCAUACUACGUGUGAGUGUAAUCACAUGACGGACUUUGCUGUACUUGCGAACAGCAAUCAAGGC